GUACAGCUGGCACACCUCUGUGUUUGCAGAGGGGAGUGUCUCCUUCUGAUAGGCAGUUCUCCCCUCUCCCUGAGGAUUUUCUAACUAUCCUUGAGCAGGAGAAAAACUUGCAGGUCUUUCAUCUCUUCUAGCAGCAGGGAAGGAAACAUUUGGAAAUAUGGCUGGGAAACCUAAGCUUCAUUACUUUAAUCUAAGAGGUCGAAUGGAAACCAUCAGGUGGUUGUUAUCUGCUGCUGGAGUUGAGUUUGAAGAGCAAUAUAUCCAGUCAAAGGCAGAUCUAGAAAAAUUAAAGAAAGAUGGAGUCCUGCUCUUCCAGCAAGUGCCUGUGGUGGAAAUAGAUGGGAUGAAGCUGGCGCAGAGCCGAGCCAUUCUCAACUACAUUGCAGCAAAAUACAAUCUCAGUGGGAAGGACAUCAAGCAGAGGGCACUAAUUGAUAUGUACAGUGAAGGCGCUUUUGACUUAAGUGAAAUGAUCAUGAUGCUGCCCUGGAAAUACACGGAUCCGAAGGAGAGGGAGAAGGAAACAGUAGCGGCUCUUGAGAAAGCUACUGGCAGAUAUUUCCCAGUUUUUGAAAAGGUCCUGAAAGAUCAUGGACAAGAUUUUCUGGUGGGGAAUCAGCUCAGCAGAGCAGAUAUCCAGGUGCUUGAGAGCAUUUUAGCCACAGAAGAGUUGAAGGCGGAUGUCCUCUCCAAGUUUCCUCUUUUAAAGGCUUUUAAAACAAGAAUAAGCAACAUCCCUAACAUUAAGAAAUUUCUUCAGCCUGGUAGUCCAAGAAAACCAGCUCCUGAUGACAAAACAGUUGCAGAAGUAAUGAAAGUUUUCCAAUGAGUUGUUCAGCUGAAGACGGCAACUACUUUACUAUCAUAGCUUCAAGCAAAGUGCAGAAAUUCUGAUUUCAAAUCAUUCCAAAGAGGUGCAAUCAUAAGAUCUUAUAAAUCCACAUAACUGAGAAACUGUUAUAAUACUGUGUACCAUUGCACCAAAUUGAGAUGGGCCCUUGAUUUCAAAUCAUUCAAAAGUCAUAAAUGGGUCUGGGUAAAUCCUCAUAAUUACAUUAGGAAACUAAAUUAAUAGCAGAACUGCAAAACCAACUAAGGAGAAACUGCCAACAUGCUGUGUGCCAUUAAAUUAACAUGAAAUAAAAUAUUUUACACCAUUAAUAUUGUAGCUAGCUAAGCAUUUGUUUGACUUAUGGUAUUAUGGUAACUUGUUAAAUACAUGACAAUCACAUUGAUAAACUUCUGAUAAAAAUUUGCAUGAAUGUGACUAGAAAAGGUCAGUAUGCUUCUCCACUGUCAAGAGGCCAUAAAAGUUAUGUUUAUACACGACUGUGAUUCUACUUUUAAUGGGUGUGAAAUCCUGGAAUUUACAGUAGGCGCAGGGAGGGGACAUUUUAAUUCUCAAACAGAGAACUCCAGUAAGCUCUCACUGAAUGACAAAGCACAAUAUUUUGUAGGGUGAACCCAUGGGAGUUAAACAGAAUCACAGAAGUGACAAGUAAAGGAAGAUUUUAAUGGACAUUUUCCCCAUGAGCAGGAUCACAGCACAUUCUAGGUUUCUUUACAGCAAGACACCUCCUUUAUUUGAGGCAUGAAAUUUCAUGGUAUCCACACCUAUUCAGAAUUUAGGUUUUGGGGCAUUUAUGUACUGGGGACCAAUGGGUGUUCUGUAAUACUUUCAUUUAUUGAGGAAUGUCUUGCCCUGCAGGCUUCCUUGAUUGUAGGGCAAUAAAUGUACCCAGCAAAUCUACUUGAAAGAGCUUUCCAAGGUGCUGAACUUUAUCCCAGAAGCAGGUUCAAAAGAAGGUUAACAUUGACAGCAACAGCACCUCAACAUUUGCUUCCAAGUUCCUAAAGAAACAGUCCAACUCCCCCAAAAUACUUCCAGAGAACACAUUAUUUUGCCCUCCUGGUUCUUCUUUCUCCCUUGCAACUCCUCACUGAGUGCUGGAAGAAGACUGAAGUUACACACUGCCUCUACUUGAAGAAGCUGGAACAGUUCCUUGUUGGUGUAAUUGUGUGAAACAAGUUAAUUCCAACUUAUGCCAACCCCAUUAUGGAGUUGUGUGAGGCUAAGAUUAUGUGAUACGGCUGAGCAUGUGGUUGAACCCUCUUUACUGUAGUUCAGCAUUCAAACCACUGUUUCCUCAGCCUUUCUUAAAAGAUCAGUUUAAAGGGGCUCUCACUACUAUUGGACAAGGUGAAAUAACUGCUUUUGGGUUUCACGAAAGAGCAGGAAAUGUUACUUACUUGAUGUAUUAUUUACAUUUUGACCUAUGUUCACAUUUCAAUCCUGGGAAUGGGGGAAGACUAGAUGUGUGAUUUGUAACCCUCAAGUGCCAGGAUAACCUGAAUAGUCCUGUGGUGAUUAUUUGAAGGUUAAGAAGUACCUGUAUAUUGAAGAAGAAUAAAUAUUCUAAUAAUCAUGAA